AAACAAACAAAAAAUCAAAUUGAAUUUAAAGUGUCCAUUGGCCGAGAACUGCCAUGAAAAAUUUAAAUCUAUUUUUUUUUAAAUUCAAUGCAUUGUUCUGGGUAAUAAUCAUAAACAAACAUGGCUGAAUGGUGCAGCAACACGCAGCUUAAAACUGAUUUAAGUAACUUUGUCAAGCAGAAUAUCCUAAGAAAUAAAAUUCUAAAUUUUGUGGAAAGAGAUUACCCAAGCUACGAUUGGAGCUUAAGAACAUUAGAUCGCAGGCUCAGAUACUUUAAGAUCUACUACAUUGAUAAAAACGUUACGAUCGAUCAUGCAAAACAGGCAGUGAAAAAAGAACUUAAGGAUCCUGGAAAUCUUUUAGGAUACCGUGCAAUGCACCAAAAAAUACGACAAAAAUACGACUUAAAAGUUCCGCGAGAUUUGGUGCAUAAUACAAUGUUUGACCUCGUGCCUGAACAAUUGGAGGAACGCCGUCCUGGUAAACGACAAAAAAAAGAGAAAGAACAUUUCACUACAAAAGGCUCAGACUGGGUGUUAUCUCUAAAUUUUCAUGACAAACUUAUGGAGUAUCAAAAUGCCACGUUUCCUAUAGCAGUAUAUGGGUGUAUUGACACCUCAAGUAGAAAGCUAUUGUGGUUGAAAACGUGGAUCUCAAAUUCUAAACCAGAAAUCGUGGCUAAAUGGUACCUUGAGUACCUGUACCAAACUCGUACAUUGCCUGCAUAUAUACGGAUAGAUAAGGGAAGUGAAACUGUUAUCCUGUCUACAAUGCAUGCUUAUCUGAGAAGGAAUCACAAUGACCUUGAAGAUGCAACUGACAGUGUGAUAUAUGGUCCUUCAACAAGUAAUCAGGUAUGAGGAGUAAGGACAUUAUUUUUUACACUUCCCUACCAUACCCUCACAGCCCUGAAUGUCAAAAAGCAAUAAUUCUGCUUUAGGUUUUUGAUAAGAAUAAUGAGAUAAACACUCAGCCUUUAACACUAGUUCGGUUCUGACAUCAUCAAUAAUUGUUCCAUC